AGGAACAGAUUAUUCAAUGCCUUGCGCAAUUUUUCUCGACUAUGAAUAUAUUAUCGAUCAGAGUAUAAUGAUUAUCAUUGUUUAUAUUUUAUGAAUCCCCGCCCAAUGUGGUAUCAUCUCAUCAUUUUAGAUUUGUAGAAAGGCCAUCUAAUUUCGUCGACUUAUACGAUGUAAAUACUCUAUCAACUUUGUUUAAAAAGUUAUGUGGCAACACUUAAAUAUUCAAGAUUGGAAUAAAAAACGUGGAGUAUUGUUUUGGUUUUUUUUUAGAAUAUAAUAUUUUAUUUAAAUAAAACGCGAAAUGGUGAGCCAUAAGAAGAAAUUACGGUCUGAGAAGGCAAAAGUAAAACUAAAGGCAACUAAAUUGCCUAAAGGUCUAAAUGUCACAAAAACGGAAUUCAAGGUCCGUAAAAUUACGAUAAGGGAACAGUUGAAGGAGUCACAAUUCGCGGACGGAGAACGUCAACUGAACUUAAAGGAAACUAUUUCACGUUUAAAACACCACAGCUCCAAUGUGCGUGCUGAUGCGCUUCGAAAUCUACGCGAGGCCAUCGUUACCAAGCGUGUUAAUCUAACUGGUUAUAUGCAUAGCCUGUUUCAAAGUGUUUCUGCAAUAUCGUUGGAUAUAGAUAGGGAGACACGAAGAGAUUCAUUUAAGGUGUUGAAAUGUCUUUUAACUGCUUUAAAAACCGAUGAAGUUGUGCCUUUCUUCCAUAUAAUUUCAUCUUAUUUACGAUGUGCUAUGACACACAUUCAACCAGCGAUACAAGAAGAUUCACUACUCAUGCUUGAUGUUCUAAUGGAACAUGUGCCACAAUUAGUAGUUACACACAGUGUGAAGAUUAUACGAAACUUUCUUGAAAUGAUUUCAAGAGCGCGCAAAGAAGGUGAUCACACCAGUCGUACUCUUACUGUUCGCUUAGGUGAAAAGCAAACUACAAUAAAGUGGCGUACUAAAGUUUUGGAACGCUUGUGUCAAAUGCUCGCUACUUUAGUUGAAAACAAACGUGCAAAUAAUACUCGAAAAAUUGUAAACAGCUUCACUAAAAAUGUCACAUUUAACCCAAAUGUUCCACAGCACUACAAUGUGAAGAGAAAAUUCCUUAGUCCAGCGAACAAAAUCGACUUGCUAGCAGCGCUGAGACCAUCGCUAGGCGUUAAAAGUGCUGACGCCAUAGAAGGAAGUGAAGAAGACAGACUGCGAGAAUACGUUAACCAUCUCCUGCCUUUACUAGUGGAAUCGUGGAUUGAAGUGCGACCGCAAGACCAAAAAAUGUCAGCAACACUGACAAGUGAAGCAGCACAAACAUUAAAAGUUGCAUUAGAAAUUCUACAAAAUAUCUGGAUGUUAAUUGAGUUGCAUGAGGAGACCGAAAGCAAUCACCAACUGAGCGCUUGGUUUCAACAGCAAUAUGCGGAGACUUUUGCUGACAGUUUUUUAACUGAUGGUUUUCCAUACCAACAAAGUAGUGAAACAGAUCCGGGGUUGAAUAAGAAAUCUUACAAGAAACAUUUAAAAUUGUUAAGUGUUAGCGGUGGAGAGUUAUGCUUAGAACAAAAUAUAUGUAUGGCAUACCUAAUGUGCCAAUUUUACAAAACAAAUAUUUUAAUAGAUACCCAAAUUGAAAGGUUCACUGCGCUAUUCAAAUACCUUGAAGAAGUUGUUUCCAAUCUCUCAGCGCAUCCUUUGCAAAAUCACCAUGCUCUGAUAAAAGCUUUGCGUAUUAGCUUAUUUGAGAACGAUAUUAAAUUUUUACAAUUGCAUAAAGAUCGAAUGCUACCAUUACUGAACAGCACCAUAGACGCCUUUCUGCGAAAUAAUUUUCCUACUAAAAACAAUUCAGAAAUAGAGGUACUCACACUUAUUUGCGACAUUGUGCAAACACCACCGCUGAGACAACAUUAUGGGGAGGAUACGUUCGUUCGCUUCUUAGAAUAUUUGCCACAACUUUUACUCAAGCCUAGUAUUCAAGUGGCUACCGUUAUUGCUAUGUCAACUUUAGCCAAGCAAAAAAAUUCAACAUUUCUACGUGCGUUGGAAAGUAAAAUUGAAGCUGUUAUUGAAAACUUGCAGAAAAUACAAGUUUCUGGAGCACCAAAUGCAUUUGAGGGGAAAAAACAUAUCAUGAACUUAUUUUACUGGACCGAAAGAAAAUUUGCUUCGGAAUAUAAAGAACUUUUGCAUCAAAAUAUCGAUAAACAUAUUACUGACAAAAGAAUUGUGAACUAUUUCAAAUACAUAUUAUCCGACAAAAGCACAUAACAAACCUAACCAACCUAAAUAAUGUUAACAAAUAAGCGUCUUCAAGUUUAAAUUAUGCAAGAUUAAAAUUUCAGUAUAGAAAUGUGGUUAUUUACUAUUUGUAUAUUAAUAAACAAAUUUAUAUUAAAAUGGG